AUGGUCACGCAGUACCACCCCGCAUACGAGCCUGACGCGAUCUCCAGAAAGGAAGGGCCACCAUGCUGCGAUGAACGCUUUGUUGCAUAUGAAGGGAACAAGGCCGCUUGUCUCUACGAGAUGUACCUCUCCAGCAUGUCGUUUUAUGUCCUUGCGGAUCACUUCCUCGUGCACCAGAGUCACGCAUACGAGGAGGAAGCGCGAACACUUGAUCGCAAGAGUAACCGUAAGAUAUACCAGGACUUCAAGGAAGAAGUUUGCCUCAGGUCCUUGAAGCUCCGCUACGAUUCUGGAACGCUUAACACUAGCCACGGAUACAAUGUUCAAGAGAAAUGCAAGAAAAUCAGAGAUGAUGGAGGGUAUAUUUUAGUAGGUGUGUCAGUAACGGGCGGCCUUCUGCUUGUACCAGACGAGGUUGAAACGUUGUUGACGGAAAUGGCGUUAAAGGCGAUAGUCUGA